CUGAUAACUGAUAAAAUUUUAGUUUUCAAAAUUAUGAUCAGUUGUUUUGUUUUAAAACUUUAUCCUGGCAAUUGGCAGUGAGUGGUUUUUAAAAAUGUAAUAGAUCAACUAAUUGUACUAAACAUGGAUAUGUGAUCAUUACUUGAUAACAGUUUUUAGAAACAUGAAGUGUGUCAUACCCAGGCAGAAUUUGAAAAUUCUGUCGCGGGCGUUGAACACUAUGUGUCGAAUUGGGGAAGAUUUGUUUAUUGAGCCUAAUUCAUCACAAUUAAUCAUGCACACAACCAACAGUUGGCAUACUGUGUAUGCAUGGUUUACAUUUGACUCUUCAUUUUUCUCCAGUUAUUAUUUCACGGAAGACGAUGAACAAAACAGUGAGAACUCGUUGAAAUGUAAAAUAUCGCUCAAGUCAUGCAUUACAAUAUUCAAAUCUCCACAUUUAAGUCGCUGCUUAGAAUCAUGUCAUAUGGAAAUUAAAAAUAACACUGAUACAAUUACUAUUCAGCUUCGUUACUCAAAUUUUUGUGUCAAAACUCAUCUGAUACCAGUGUUAGAAUACUCAGCCUUACAAGUAAAUCAAAAUGUUGAUACAACUCAUACACUCUGUAUCGAUUCCAAAGUGUUAUCUGCUGCUGUAAAACAUUUCCAAAAUAGUGAAGUGGAUAUUACUCUAGAUGUGACUACUGAAAAAGUACUUCUUAAAACCCAUUCGGAAUCUUGUCGAGAUUUAAGAAAAAUUUUACGUACAGAAUUGAGUUUGCAGAUGUCAGAAUUUGAUAUCUAUGAUGUUGGUGAAGGUAGCUGUAUAACAUUUUGUCUUAAAGAAAUUCGACCAUUGUUAGCUUUUGCAGAGCACAUGUCAUUACCAAUAAUUAUUCGUUUUAGUUCUCCUGGGAUGCCUAUGGUUUUUGGACUGAAAAAUGGUUUAACAUUUGAAAGUCAGUAUAUAUUAUCGACGAUGAAUGAGAGUACAUCAUCAGGAAAUACUGAUUCUUUACCAAUUCGAUUAAAUAUUAACGCAUUUGAAAAUACUCAGAGUAGUGAUGGAAAUCAAGUGAAUCAGUUACCUGACAAGCAUCAAACACCAUUAAUUAAUUCAAAUUUACGAACCCCAAUGCGAGUACAAGUAGAAUAUCCAGAUAGUAUUUCAAGAAAACGUAAACAUCAGGUUUCUAAUCAUUUCCAACAGCCACUAAAGAAAAUGAAUUCUGUGAAUUCAAUGACAAUAAUUGAACAGUUCAGAGAAGAAUGUUUGGAAGAUGAUGUAUUAUUAUCUCAAGUUGCUGAUGUCCAUGUUAAUGAUGAGCCUAUUGAAAUAGAUUCUGAUGGUCAUUUAUCACUUGGACUUUCUGACACUGCACGUGUUUUUGCAAGAUGUUUUUCAUUGCCAAUAGAAGAAUCUGCUAAGAAAGGAAAAGUGCUUGUGUAUGAUUCAGAUGGACUUGUAGAUGAUUCUGAUUAAAUACAUUUUUUUCUAAACAAAUCUGAAACCACAUCUACCAACUGUGUUUAGUUUCUAUUAAAAUUUAAAAUAAAUAUAUUUGAAUGUA